AUGUACCCGUUCCUGCACCUCUUACCCAACGGCUCGCUCUUCAUUUUCGCCGACAGGUCCUCCGAGAUCUUUGACGUCAGUGGCAACCGCACUGUCAAGACGAUGCCUAUGAUGCCUGGCAUGCACAGGACCUAUCCCAAUACUGGUGGCAGUGUGAUGCUCCCGUUGCGGAAAGAGAAUCGAUACGAGGCGGAAAUCAUGAUCUGCGGCGGAGGAUCGGUUCAGGAGCACGAUAGCCUGUGCGAUGCCUCCUGUGGGAGGCUGAAGCCCACUAGCCAGACUCCAACGUGGGAAAUGACUACCAUGCCGGAGCCUCGGGGAAUGGUCGAAGGGCUUCUUCUUCUUGAUGGGAACAUCCUUUGGAUCAAUGGCUGUCAGAGAGGAUCACAAGGGUUUGGGUUGGCGACUGCUCCGGCGCUGGAGGCUUUGAUCUACAACCCGAGAACGAAUGAAUGGGCAGUUUCGGGAAGGACAAGGAUCGCCAGGUUGUACCAUUCUGUCGCGAUGAUGCUGCUGGAUGGUACGGUGCUCAUUGCCGGGAGCAAUCCAAACGAACAACCACUGUUGGAAAGUGAGGUCGACGUCCACGACCAGUCUAGAGCAUUCCCUACCGAGUUCAGGGUGGAGAUCUACACGCCUGCGUAUCUGAGAGGAGCGUACCCUUCAAGAAGACCGACCGAUAUACGACUGUCGACAUUGGAACUUGACAUGAAGACCAGGUUCUCUGUCGAGUUUGACCUUGAGAACCAGACCUUGUCACAUUUGGAUAUCAUCCUGUAUGCGGGUGGGUUCAUCACACAUUCUCUGCACAUGGGCCAGGUGAUGGUCUACCUGGACCAUAGUGGCUGGGGGGAUGUUGGAGAGGGCCGGAAGAGGGUCGAAGUCGAUAUGCCUGGCGUCAUCCAACUUGCCCCGGGGCCUUACGUGGUGUAUGUUGUUGCCAAUGGAGUUCCAGGGGUGGGUCAAUUUGUUACCCUGAAAGUGUGA